AUGCUUAUGCGUGGACGGAUAAAAUGUCUUCUCGAAUCGCGCUUUCAUCAGUCCACUUCAGCGGUUCGGCGAGAAUUCAUCAAGUUCUUCGAGGAACGCGAUCACAUUCACAUGCCAUCGAGUUCUGUUUUGCCCAACGACGAUGAUCGAUCUCUAUUAUUUGUGAACUCUGGAAUGAAUCAAUUCAAAUCUACAAUUCUUGGAAAUAGCGACGAGAGACGGAGUCACUUGAACAAAGUUGUCAACUAUCAGAAGUGCAUCAGAGUUUCUGGGAAACAUAAUGAUUUGGAUGACGUAGGAAAAGAUGCUCAUCACCAGACGUUUUUUGAAAUGCUCGGGAAUUGGGCGUUUAAUGGAGCCUAUGACAAGAAAGUGGCAUGUGAAUAUUCGUGGAAAUUUCUCGUUGAAAGAAUGCAACUCGACCCCAAUCGACUUUACGUAUCAUAUUUUGGUGGUGAUCGAAUGAUGGGCAUUGGACCUGACCUGGAAUGUCAAAAGAUAUGGGCCGAAAUCGGGUUACCCGCGGACAAAAUUCUCCCUUUCACAUCAGAAAACUUUUGGGAGAUGGGCAAAGUCGGGCCUUGUGGACCGUGUACAGAAAUUCACUACGAUCGAAUUGGAGGCCGAAAUGCUUCGCAUUUGGUAAAUAGGGAUGAUUCGGUGGUGGAAAUUUGGAACCUUGUAUUCAUGAUGUACAAAAGAAAUCCGAACGGGGUACUGAGUGAUCUUGCAUCGUUUCACAUUGACACUGGAAUGGGAUUAGAAAGGCUCGCAUCUAUUGUUCAAAAUGUGUCGAGCAAUUACGAGAUUGAUGUGUUUACACCGAUUAUUCGACAUAUUCAAAAGAUAUCCAACGCUGACAAUUGGAGAAACAAAAUGAUGUCACAACGAAUUAUUGCUGAUCAUUUGCGAACAUUCGUCAUUGCUUAUUCAGAUGGAGCUCAACCAGGCCAGACUGAUGCCGGGCGACAAAUUCGAAUGAUUUUGCGUCGAGCCUUUCGUCAUGCAGUUCACCUUGGAAUCACCAAAGGAAUGCUGCAAGAAGUCGUACCAAUUGUUGUAGACACAUUAAAAGAUGCUUAUCCUGGACUUGUAACUCAGAUUGAAUGGAUGCAAUAUUCGUUGAAUGAAGAGGAGAAUUGGUAUUGGGAAAUCAUGAAAGGUGGUCGUGCAAAAUUUGAUGAUGCUGUUUCAAAGUUACCAAAAGACGCUCGAACAAUCCCUGGAGCUUUGAUCAUGAAAUUGAAAUCACAAGGCGUAACAGAAGAUAUGUCGGAAGCAUUUGCCCAAAGCAAAGGAUUGACGCUGGAUAAAGAAGAAUUCGAUCGUUUGGCAAAGCUACAAAAAGAGACCGGGAACGAUCCGACAUUCCAAUCAAAGCUGAACGUAAGUAUUGAGGAAUGCCCAACUCAUUCUGAUGCGGAAAAAUAUCGAUUGGAUGAAAAUCUUUCAACAAGAGUUUUGCGUCUUUUUGAUGCUUCUGGGAAUCCGACUGACGACUUGAAUGGGUAUGGCUACUUGGUGCUUGAAAAUUCACAAUUCUUUGCGUUUGAGGGUGGACAGGCCGGAGAUCACGGAUUGAUAAAAACGUUUGGUAAAGAUGCAAAAUUUGAAGUUAGCGAAUGUACGAAGAUAAACGGCAUUAGUGUUUUAAAUGGAUGUACACUAGAUGGAAGCAUUUCAGUACAAGAUACCGUUCAACAAUUUGUUGAUAAGGAAAGAAGAUCAGCUUUGAUGCGAGCUCAUUCUGCCACUCAUCUUCUGAAUUGGGCGCUUCAGAGAACAAGUGUUGGAUGUGGACAAACGGGAAGUGGAGUUCAUCCAGAUCAAUUGCGUUUUGAAUAUUCACCCGGUGAAUGUGCAUCCGAAGAAGAUAGUGUGCUUAUAGUGGAAUCGUUUGUGCAAAACAUUAUAAAGAAAGGAAUGAAGAUACAAAUAAACGAGGUUGAUUUGGACUCAGCGAGGAAGAUGACACAUUUGCAAAGCCAAUUUCGUGAAGGAAAAACCUAUCCGCCGAAAGUGCGGGUUGUUAAUGUGCUCGACGAUGAUGGGAAUAUGCCAAUAGCUGGCGAAACUUGUUGUGGAACACACGUGACGUCAACGAACGACAUUCUAGACUUCACAAUCAUAUCCGAUCUUUCAUUGGGAAAAGGAGCACGACGGAUUGUUGCGGUAACUGGAGAAAAAGUUGUAGAAGCUAGAAUGAAAUCAGAGCAUCAUCGAGAAGAGUUGAAUCGACUACUGGCAAAUGGAGCAAAAGUUAAUGCGCUCGACAAAUUUGUUAAGACUCUUCCAAUUGAUGAGAUGCCAUAUGUGGAUCUGCGUGCAAUCCGAUUAAAGGUUAGAGAAGCGAUGAGGAAACUCAAAGAGGAGGCUAAGCGACAAAAGAAAAAAAAAAUGCUAGGG